UCGUCUUCUGUCAACUAAACCAACAAUCUGUCAGUUUGUCAUAUUUCAUUGUUUUUAUGAGAACUUAUGUUGAGAUGGAUUUAUUUUGUUUAAACAAUUAGAAAUCGUGAAAAUGGGUAACGCUGACACAAAACUUAAUUUUAGGAAAGCUGUCGUACAGCUUACCUCAAAGACUCAGCCUAUUGACUCCUCGGAUGACAGUUUUUGGGAUCAGUUCUGGUCGGAGAGCGUGACCAAUGUCCAGGAUGUGUUCGCGCUGGUGCCUGGAGCAGAGAUCCGUGCGUUACGAGAAGAAUCUCCGAACAAUCUUGCGACACUAGUGUAUAAGGCUGUGGAGAAACUGGUAAAGAUGGUGGACAGUAGCUGCAGGACUCAGAGGGAACAGCAGACUGCACUAAACUGUGCCCGUCUGCUCACAAGAGUGUUACCCUACAUGCUGGAGGAACCGGAGUGGCACGGCUUUUUCUGGUCAUCAUUGCCAGCAGCGGCCGAGAAUGAGUCCGUGCCUCUCGCACAGUCACUCAUCAAUGCUGUUUGUGAUCUCCUCUUCUGCCCAGACUUCACAGUGACGACAACAAAGCGGGCGGGUCCCGAACGAGCAGAAGAACUGUCUUCACUAGACAGUUGCGAGUACAUCUGGGCAGGAGGCGUGGGGUUCGCGAGGUCCCCGACCCGCGUGUCCCCGCACGAGGCCGCCCGCACUGAGCUACUGCGGUUGUUACUGACUUGCUUCAGCGAGACGAUAUACAAGCCGGCCUCGCAUGCCGCCUCGCAUCAUAAUAAGUGGAUCGCUUACCUGACAAGUCCAGACAACCGUCACGCACUGCCUCUGUUCACGUCGCUAGUGAACACGGUGUGUUCAUACGACCCCGUGGGGCUCGGCCUGCCGUACAACCAUCUGCUGUUCGCCGACACACUGGAGCCGCUCGUUGAGGUGGCUCUUCAAGUAUUAAUAGUGACUUUAGACCAUGACACCAGUAAUGCAGUCAACGAGGACUCUGAUGAAACGCUCCCAGACAACCUCUUCAUCAACUACCUAUCCCGCAUCCAUCGCGAUGAGGACUUCCAGUUCAUCCUCCGAGGAGUCACCAGGCUGCUCAACAAUCCACUGGCACAGACCUAUCUGCCGAACUCGGCGAAGAAGGUUAAUCUGCAUCAGGAGUUGUUAGUGCUGUUUUGGAAGAUGUGUGAUUAUAAUAAGAAAUUCAUGUACUACGUAUUGAAGAGCAGCGACGUGCUAGAAGUACUAGUGCCCAUAUUGUAUCACCUCAACGAUUCGCGAGCUGACCAAUCUCGCGUCGGCCUAAUGCACAUCGGAGUGUUCAUCCUCCUACUCCUAUCCGGGGAACGCAACCUGGGCGUCCGGCUGAACAAGCCGUACACGGCGACCGUGCCCAUGGACAUCCCGGUGUUCACGGGCUCGCACGCCGACCUGCUGGUCGUGGUGUUCCACAAGAUCAUCACCACUGGACACCAGAGGCUGCAGCCACUGUUUGACUGUCUGCUCACUAUACUUGUUAAUGUAUCACCGUACCUGAAGACUCUAUCAAUGGUGGCGUCCACGAAACUGCUGCACCUUCUAGAAGCAUUCAGCACGCCGUGGUUCCUGUUCUCACAGCCUCACCACCAUCACCUCGUGUUCUUCUUACUCGAGAUGUUUAAUAAUAUGAUACAGUACCAAUUUGAUGGUAAUUCCAACUUAGUUUACACAAUAAUCCGCAAGCGAGCAGUAUUCCACAAUUUAGCCAACCUGCCACAUGAGCACGGAGCCAUCGCUCGCUCGCUAGCGGCCGGCAGGGCUAAGGGGCUGGUGCCCCAUAAGACUACACUACCCAGGUCUAGGAGCGCGGAAUCGGUAGCAGAGACGCCGAUGGAAGGUUCGAGACCCGCCCAGCCCGCGGAGCCUGGCACUCUCAACCCUACGCUUGCUGAGACACCCGCAAUAAGCACAAUGACAGAACGCGAAUCAGCGCACCCGCCACCACAACGCCUCGAAGGCGACGCGUCCGACACGUCCGACACGAUCGACGCGACAGACGCGACCGAUGCGACCGUCCGACACGACGGCGACACUCGCGAGCCUAGAGACAGGCUGCUGCCUGCGAGGGCCGGCCCUGAUGGCGAGGAUAGACCUGAUGAUGCUGAUGUGGAUGAAGGGGAGAAGAGGGCUGUGGCACAUAGGAACAGCAUCGCUGUAUCAGGCUCUGGUCGCGUGGACAGUCGCGAGUGGCGAGCGAGUGCGGAGUGGGUGUCGAGCUGGCGCGGCAAGCUGCCGCUGCAGACCAUCAUGCGGCUGCUGCAGGUGCUCGUGCCGCAGGUCGAGAAGAUCUGCAUCGACAAGGGUCUAACAGACGAGUCAGAAAUCCUGCGGUUCUUACAACACGGUACCCUAGUAGGGCUGCUGCCGGUGCCACACCCGAUCCUCAUCCGCAAGUACCAGGCCAACGCCGGCACGGCCGCCUGGUUCCGCACUUAUUUGUGGGGCGUUAUUUAUAUACGCAACGUGGACCCGCCAAUCUGGUACGACACAGAUGUCAAACUGUUCGAGAUCCAACGAGUAUAGACCAUAGACCAUACUUCACGACACUGCUUACUUCCCAUUUAAUAAUACGGCGUGAUGAUCUCCAGCCUGAAAGCCGGUAAAUUAUACAUAUUAUGUAGAUUAAUAUAGCCUGUUUUACCAUCUCUGUGUAAGUUACUUAUUUAUCUGUGGGAUAAGUUUAUUACAAUCAUGAAUAAGGCCCACAAAAGUGGAGAAGUUUUUAGACAACCAAUGGAAUUUUCCCGCUCAGGUACUAACACACAACGUCUAACGUCAUUAUACCUCAUCAUCAUAUCAUUAUAUCUGUUGAUUUGCUUACUAGAAUUUUAACAUAAGCCCAAAGGUAAGGGAUGUCAAAUUCCUACCUCUAGGAAGAAAAAUUAACAUAUAGAAUGACGAAGUGAUAUUGAUUGUUUAAAAACUUGUCUGGGCUGUAAUCUGAUAGGUUCUCGUUUAUUCGGAAGAGGUAAAGCAGGUUCUUAGGCUCGAUUGCAAAACUACACUAACUUCAUUUAAUACUAAAUGUGUUUACAAUUUCAAAUGUGUGCUUAUUUUAAAUACAUUUAGGAAUAAAUGUGUGUAGUGAAAAGAAGUUAGACAAUCGAGACAUAUUACCUUAUUAUAAAACGUGAUCUUAAACAGUACCAGCUUUAGUGCUAGGUUUAAACAGUCUUUUGAAGAAAGUAAAUGGAUUAAACCUAGUACUAAGGCUGAUACUUUUCAAAACCAGGUUUUAUAAUUAGGUGGUAAAUGUUUUAGUUAUGUUUUCUUAUUAAUACGUAAAAAUAUAUGUGCAUUACUGAUUUUAGCCUUUUCGUCUGUCUAAGGCUCUCCCAUACUCAUGUUUGGCUGCUACCUUUGAAAGUUUUAUUUAAUUCAUUCUUAUGAAAAAAGCUUGACUGACAGACUUCGAAUAUGUAUGUCAAGACCAGUAACUGUAUUAAUUGUGCUAAUAUUUAAUUAAUUCUGUAAAAUAAUCAGAUAAUUUAUCAUUCCGAAACAUUUAUGUAUUUAUUUAUAUGGUUCAAAUACGUAUUAGUGAUAAUCUGUUAAAUUCCUAUUCAUUUUUUCGAUUUAUCGCUUACCAAACAAUAUUUAAAACUUUACACAGUUUUUUAGCCUCUCUUUACCUAGAGAUAUGGUGUCAGUGAAAUGCUGAACACAUAUCGAUGUUACUUUAGUCAAUUGAUUCAGAUGUAACGGACCAUGUCUUAUGAGCGCUUUACGUGUUUACUUAAAUAAAUAUAUUUAACUUAAAGCUGACGGCUAGUCAUAUUUUUAAUCUGUGUAUCUGUAAUCGUAAAUGAAUUGCUUGACUUAUGAAUAUAUAUUUCUUGAACGUUCUUAAGUUUAAUUUAUAUUUUACUGCCGAGUUUAGACGCAAAAUAUUUUCGACCGCCAAAAUGACGGCGCGUAAGAAAACAUAACUUUAAAACAAUUGCGCCAAAAGUGUUUAUUACAAUAUUAAUGAAAGGACGUCGUAACCCUUUGAGCCGGCUGAAAACAUUGUUCGUCUGAACUUAGAAACGAAACUUUUUUAAUGCUUGCAUGACGAAGUUUUCCAUACAAAAAGCUAAAUGUUUUAACUGAUUUUACACUACUACUACUAUUCCUCAUUUAACCAUCAAGAUGGCUUCUUAUUAAAAUCAUAUUGCGUUGAUGGAAAUUGGCAUACUUACAAUUUUAAUUUGAGUAAGCGCGCCUUUCAAUGCUACCAUUAAUUUAGUGAAAUAGUAGUAAAAAACAAUUUUAUUAUAUACUCGAUAUUGUAUUUAUUCAACCGAAUUAUAUUGAUAUACGAAUUCACUGCAAAUUUAUUGUUUUCACUUGAUAUUUGUAUUUGAAAGGUUUUAUAUGAAAUAUCGAAUGAUUUUUUUUGUUUCUGUUUUGUGUUAUAUAAUGACAAGUAAUCGAGGCUUAUGACAAAUACAAUUAAUUAUGAAUGAUGUACAUACAUUCCAUGUGAUGGUUUUAUUUUUUAUCGAUUAUCGACUAUAAUAUUAUUGAGAUAUAACUGUAAAAUAGUUUAUAUGAAUUUGUCACCAAAUUUUAAUAGUUAUAUACUUGCGUAUUUGUGUUAGGCUCGGUUCAUGCGACACGCUCGGUCUUAGAUAUUUCGCACUAAAAUAAUAAUUACACUAAAAAAUAUUUAAUAAUUCUGAGUAAAACGGACCGUUUACCAGUUGUGUCGUGUGAACUAUGCCUUAGAGUACUCGCACACUGCAGAUUAAACAGUCGGCCAAUAGAUGACAGAUGGUUUGUAACUUUUUUUUUAAAGAAAAUCUUGAUUCCAAUCAAAGUUUUCAGUCGGCCUGAUACAGCUAAGUACCUGAUCUUUGUAAUGUGCGUACUACCAUUCAUCUUCAUACUGAUUUAUGAGCCCAAACAGUCAGCCGACUAAGUUUGCAGUAUGCGGGUAUUUGUAUCGUAAUAUUCAGUGCACUGUCACACUAAGACUUUAUGUAAAGUAUAGGGGCCUUAGUGGACCAUUAUAAUGAGAGAAUAGGAUAAAUACUAAAUGUUAAAUAAAUCUGAAAAAUUAUAUGAAUCUACACAUAGUAAUAUGUUCCCUUGGAAAACCUAACCUGGCCAUUUCAAUACUAGACAAAUAUGAGAAUUUUAUUAAUUUUCUAGAUCAAUUUAUGGUUUUUCUGGUGUUAGAAAGUAAAGAAUCCACUGCGGCCCGCUUUUAGUGUUAUUUGUAAUUUUAAUAAUUUAUUUGACACAAUCACUGUACUUAAUGUUAUGUAAAAUAGAAAAUAUAUAAUGAUGUGAGCAUGAA